AGUAUCAGAAUUAGUUUUGGCUUGGCUAGUUUGUGUUGUCUCAUCUUCAUGACCCUCGAGCUUUAGCUGCACAGAUGAGGUUUUGCCCCAGUAGACUUUCUAUCAACCCUGACGGAGCAUAGGUUACGUCUGAGCUUCUCCAGCCUCAGUUUUGCAUUGAUUGUGUACACAAAUCACCCAAGCGCUGUCACAAUCUUUGCGCUUCACUUGAUUUCGAUUUGAUCGUUUUCCAGACGAGUCGGUGCGCUACGCCGGCGGCCCCGUAAGUGUCAUCAUUGGUCUGAGCAAUCUUUUCAUCUUCUUACCGAAAACGCAAGUAGACGCGAUGUUGCUGAACCGGGACCGUCUUUUGCACUAUUUCGAGACCAGUUUCGGGCCUUUUCAGUACAACGCUGAUGCAUCCGACGAGAGACUCGCGAGGGAGGUCGAAAACAAUCUGGACAAACACUACCUCCCGUGCGUGAUCCUGCCGGUGAUUCACGUACGAGACCUGAAGCAAACGAUUCGCAACGUCGAAAAAGUGGAACGCGCAGGCCUGAAAGGCUGUUUUUUGAUCAACCAGCGCGAGCACGGGUCGGCCUAUCAUGGGCUGAUUUCUGCUGUAUCUACACGAAGUGGCACCCAAAGUAUGAACCAAUUUUACGGCUCAGCAGCAGGUGGACAGAUGGAUGGAAAGGGAACACAGCUGCUGAACGCAACUAGUAGUGCAGCAUCAACAUUAUCUUCAAAUAUCCACCGUCCGGCGGAAUCCCCUAGGCCAAUGGUGUUGAAGGCCAGUCAGGACCGGGCUACGGCACGCGAGAGUCAGGCAAUCAAGACGCCGCGCUACACUGGUUACGAUUUCCGGGAGAUGCUGCCGAUCGUGAUUGCGGUGCGCAAAAGGUUCCCGAAGCUCUUCAUCGGUGUCAACUUCCUGGGCGUCAACGGGGACAAGGCGUUUCCGGUGCUGGCCCGCCUCGCGCAAGGGGACUUCUCCGAUCUGCUUCCGCGAGUCCGCGCGGCGACUCUGGAAAAAAGUCUCUCGAAAGCGAGCUUGAUAGGGAAUAGACCCAACACUGCAUCGGAUCGUUUGUCGAAAGGUACUACGGCAGAAUUGUUCCCCCGACAACUACGCGCAGCAGUAGAUCAUCGGGCCCCGUCACCCCAAGUGUUGAAGGCGAAGCGGCAGAACUUCAUGAACAGUAAAUCCACUACCACGGAAGUAGCAGUAGGACACGGAGCUGCUCGUCCGGGAGACGAGGGAGUUGGCCCGCUCCAAGCUUCUGUUGAAAAGGCACCAUUGAAAUCAGCAUUUCCGGCGAGAAGCACAAGCACUCUGUCAACACCGGUUUCGUCCGCGAGAAGGGUUGAAAUUAUCGAAGUCGAGAAGAUGAUGGAAAGUUCGCACAAUCUCCCUCCACCAGCAGGAAGUAGGUCAGUAGAAAAUAGUAGUACAGACGCUACAGAGGAAAUUCUUCUACUCAGUGAAGACGGUCGCGAACACGACUUAAAAAUGGAGAGCAAGAAUUCCGCUUCUGCCACCUCUACGACAAGUAAGAGUAACAUUGUUGUGGAUCUACUACAACAAGAACAGGCGGACCUCAGCAAAGGUGACUCGCACGACGGUGAGACCACUCCAACUCCGGUACGAGAAAGCAAGCGGGUGCAGACAAAGAGUAAGACGGACGACGAAGUAGUGACUUUCUUUGUCGCCUCCAGUGCGCAUGACUCGACGGUGACCGAGGAAGAAACAGCCCUUGGACAUCAACAGCCACCAGAACGGCUGGGUAGUGCAACACGGAGAACUAGUACAGUGCAAGAGAGGAAUUAUACGCCGCGAACCGAAGCAAGAGCUGACGGAAAUGUAGGUGAAACAGCGGGGGCAACAGCAUCCGGUGGCUCGGUGUCUCUCCAGCAGGAACGAGAUGAAAUCGGGGCUGACUUUUUAGAAGAGGACCUUCUAGACGGGCCGAUUGUCAUCGACGGCUAUUGGGCGGAUACCGGUAUGAUUGACGAAGACCGCGAGGAACAAGUCCAGGCGGACCGCAUCCGUGAGGUCCAGAGGCAGGUUUCUCCCUAUUGGAACGGGCUUUACUUCGGGGGUGUGUGCUUCAAGAAGCAGCGGGAGGUGUUGCCCGAGAAGUGGGAGAUCGCAGCGGCGCGCGCGUGCGAAAUCUCGGUGCUGAGCAAGCGGCACAUGGCAAAGCUGGAAAAGCAGCGCCAGGAACGAGAACGACAGAAAACCGCAAUAAGAGCAGAUGAAGGUGGCACGAUGUUCAGGAACGAGCGAGGUUUUCCUGCGUCAGGAGGAGGAGCAGGAGAGGACAAUGAUAAUAUUAAACCUGCAAAAGGUGGUGGUCCUGCACUGUCAGCUGCCCUGGUGCCGGAUCGCUCGGAGAUGAUCAAGCAGAUAGAUCUUACGCCUCAUGGACUUCAACCAACGGGUCUGUCCGGCCAGCUGAUGCAUUUCAGGCACGGCUACAUGGACGUGGUGAUGACAUCCGGGACCGCGACCGGGAUCGCCGCGGAGCGGGCGAAGAUUCUGUCGAUGCUAUUACAGUGAAAAAUGCCCCCACCCCCAAAGUUGCAAGAAUUUGUGAUGCGGAUUUUCCAAAUGAAAACUUUUUGCCAUGCAUGAAAGGAGUAUGAGUCUUUGUCUUUCUGAUGCAGAGUCUAGGCGUAUAUCGCAUCGCUUGCAUGACAAGCGCUGCUCUUGCUGGGAUCUUUUGCAAUGCAAAUUUUUGCUAUUCACGAUUGGACAUCUGUGAUGCUGAUAGAUGCAAGAGGGCGAAUGUCUCAUUUGGAAAGGUUUGCAAUACAAAUGCUCCCAAGUUCGGGGGUGGGGGCAUUUUUCCUUUCAAUAGAUGCGGACCGGCGUCGGCCCGGAGAAACCCCUCGGCCUCGCCUCCGGCGUCACGCCGGAUAACUUGGCAGAGUACCUUUCCCUCGGCGUAGAUGUGGUUCUGGUGGCCACGGGGGUUUCCGACGACUUCCACGAGCUGUCCGAGGACAAGUUGCAAAGAUUGAUCGCCGCCGCGGUGGAUUUUGAUAGAAGUAGUUGUAAAACGGCCGCGUCCAGCACCGCGACCCCUCGAGGAGCGGAUUAUAUGACCUCGAAUUCACGCGGCCGCGGGCCCGAAGAACUGCAUUAUUUCCAAGAUGUUGGGGCUAGUGCGGAGGAAAUGAGCCGUGAGAAGUUCUCUUCCGCAGCGCGAAGAUCAUCCUCGCCGUCAUUUCAUCAACAUCCGCCGCAGCUUUGCGAAGACCAGCACGAACUUUUCUGGUCCCGCAUGGACAAAGAGGCGCUGAGGCACGGGCUGCCGACGCACACCGCCGUGGAGACGGCGAAUAGCAGGAAGUUCCCCUUCUCCAAAGUGCCGCGGUCCCUGAAGCGGCGCAAGCAGUUUUUGAUGCUGCAGUCGGAGAACGUGAAGGACAAUUUUGCGGGAGAGAAGAAAGAUUUUAACUAUGCGUGGCUGGACCCGAGUUCAUGCUGCGUGUCGAACAUGAACCACUGCGUCCAGGAGUGGGCCGUCCCCUUUUGCUUGGGCAGGAACACCAAGCCCAUCCACCUGGUAGCCGGCCCCGACGCCGCCGGCUUUUACUACGCCGGCGCCCUGGCGUCCUACUUGAACUGUGGGUUUCUCAGCCUGCGGAAGGAGAACAAACUGGGCUGCGCGACCGUGAAAGCCGAGUACUGGAACUACACGGGGAAGCGGAAUGUCCUGGAGUGCCGCCGCAAUUUCGACUUGGCCGGGCUGAACGUCCUGCUGGUGGAUCAGUGGAUUGAAACGGGCGGAACGGUCGACGCGUCCGUGCGCCUGCUGCAAAACGAACUGCGCUGCAACGUGCUGGGGAUUUGCGUCGUCGGCUGCGAGAGCUCAGGAUUUAAUAGGGAAGACAAGGACGGCGAAGGCGGUGAAAAGGGAGAACGCGGGGAGGUGGAGAUGAAUGCGACAAAUAUCGCGGAUACAAUAAAUGCUCGCUCGACUUCUAUAGAAGUACCCAAUGGUGUUGUAGUAGGUCCUCGCAUGGGGGCGGAAAUGAAAAGCCUGCCCAUUGUGCAAAACAUCCCUGCGUGUUUUCGAUCUUUCUUAAACACCCGAGAUCUUGUUGGGCUGAAAAGGGCAUUGCGGUCGUGAAGAUGGUAGGGGGGUCUUUUGUGCACGCGCAAGUUGUAGCUUUGUGCUUUUACUGAAUUUUCUUAGACGAGUGAAAAUAGAUGCGCGAGUCACUGAUUAUACAGCGAAAUAGGUGGGGUUUGCAUCUAUAAUUCUUCCCUUUGUCUGUAUCUUAAAGUCAGAUGAUUCAGCGAUAUGUACUUGUUCUCAACAAAUACAACCAAUUCGUACUGUCAGCAAUCUGGUGUUUCUGAUUUUGACUGACAACUAUGUUGUUCGCCUGUUUUCCAUCACAGGCACAACCACAUCACUUGUAUCUGUGUUCGUGUGUCGAACUCCA